UGACUUUACAAAGGGAUGCGUUACGUGGAUAGGCGCGCCAUUUGACGGAUUUCACGUUAUGGACCCAAAAUUGCUUAUUAAGCGAAAGCUACAAGGUUUAGACGGCUACGAUAUAAAAAACCAAGCGGCACUUGAACAGCAUGUUUCAUGGCAAGUAAGUAAUAAUGAAUAUGAUUUCGAAGCAAAUCUCGCGCUGUUGCGACUUUACCAGUUUUACCCAGAACACUUUAAUGCGGAGUAUGCGAAAUUAGUGCUACUGAAAGCUAUAUGUAGUCAAAAUCCUACGGAUUUUACUCUGUACAAGUACUUGAUUCACCUGGAGCAUUUAAGUAAGGAACCACUUUCACGCGUCGUAGAACUCGGAUUUUUCUUGGAAACUUGUCGCUUCACAGAGUUUUGGAUGAAACUGAAAGAGAAUCCUAAGCUGGUCUCUUCUAUCCCUGGUUUUCGAGAGUCUGUAUACAAAUUUAUUGCACAUAUUAUUUCACAAACUUAUCAACGUAUACCUAAAACAACAUUGAUGAGUUUAUUGGAUAUAUCAUCAGAGAAUGAUUUAAAACAUUUUAUUAAACAAUAUGGAUGGUCUGAGACAACCACCAGUAAUAGUGAUUCUGGUGGUGCUACUGGUGCUGAUGGUGUCCAACUGAUUCUGGUUAACAAUCAUGAGGAGAAUAUCAAGUCAAUUAAAAUACGUGAACGUGUCAACUUUGAUUCAAUUACAUCAAUGUCGGGUGCAUUUAGACCAUCAAAAAGUGACUUUUUCAUAAAGACAUAUAAUAUGAAUAGUUAAUUAUAAAUUAAAUAAAUAAAUAACUAAAUGUUUUGUUAAUUUCUCUGAAUAACAAUAAUAAUAUUAUUAUUAAUAGUGGAA